AUGUACGCGUUUGGAAUAAGUUUGUUGGUUGCUGCAACAACAACUUUGCAAUCGCCACAUUUGAGCGUCAAAGUAUUACAUGACAAUGCUCUUCAACUUCUGUGUGAUGCAAUUGACGCUGAAACUGAUGUCAUUCGAUUUUACAGAAACACCACACUCGAGGGGUUUGUGUCUAUAUUUAAGGUGACCCGUAAUAAGCAGUGCGCUGUGCAAACGAAUUUGACUGCUGACACAGCGCAGUGUAAAUGUAUAGACAUAUAUAAAGUUGUUUGCAAUAUUACGGAUAUUACAUUGAGCAGGAAUGAUCAGUGGAAAUGUGCAGUAUUGGAAAAUAAUCGUAUUCAGUUCAGCAAUGAUGCCAGAGUGUCAACAGAAACAUUCUCAACAAUGGCGGCGAAAGCUCCUUUUUCGGCUAUUUCUAGCAAAACUGAUUCGCACGUAAACACGAGCCCACACAUUGCAACAGAAGAAGGAACGACACAAAAAAGCAGUGUUGAGGAAAUUCCGGAGAUUUCUACUGCUUUAGCCAUCACAAAUGCAAUUACUGCAACGGAUAUGGCGUUUGAUAGAAACACAACCAAAAUCAAUUCAAAUGUUGUAGCGAUAAUGGCGACGGCUGGGCCGUUUAUCGUGCUGGACAUAGGCCUUUUACUGUUCGUGUGUAGAAAGAAAUUAAACAUCUGCCAGAAACGUAAAACAUGUAAUGGAACAUGACGCUCUUCGCUUUCAUAAUGUUACUUCCGUUGAUGUCUCUGCACCGGAUGACAUCACGACUUCUUCCUGUACAGGAU